CGUACAGUUUAGUAUUUUAAGAAUUAUUACUUAUUUCUAUUUUUAAUUACACCACAUUUCUAUGCAGACCAAGCACUUCAACUUUAGUGGAUUAUAUUAUGGAUAAUUCUGCAGAACGUCAAAGUCAAGACACAUCUAGUUUGCCCGUUCAAUCAUUUAAAGAAAUGACAGAAAAAACAGGCGCACUUAAUGAACCAAGCACUUUAAGUUCAACUGGUACCGAUAUGGAUCCGAAUGCAGAACGUCAAAGUCAAGAAACAAUUGAUUUGGCUCUUCAAUCUUGUGAACAAUCGAAAAAAGAAACAAGGACAUGUGAUGGACCAAGCACUUCAAGUUCAACGGGUUAUAUUAUGGAUCCUUCUACAGAAAAAAAUGUAAUUCUGCAACAUCAAAACCGGCAGAAUCGUUUUCCGGUAAUAACAUCCGUGCUCUGCGGGAGAUUCAUCUCCAAGGACGCCCUAGCCAAACUUGGUCGGCUUAAAACAAUACACUCUGCUCCGACGACAGAGAACAACCAUUUACGUCAAAGUAAAAAACAAGAACCACCUGGUUUGCCUGUUCAAUCAUUUAAAGAAGCGAUAAAAAAAACAAGCGCACUUGAUGAACCAAGCACUUCAACUGUAGUGGAUCAUAUUACGGAUAAUUCUGCAAAACGUCAAAGUCAAGAUACAUCUGACUUGCCCGUUCAACCAUUUAAAGAAACUACAGAAACAACAGGCACACUUAAUGAGCCGAGACCUUCAAGUUCAACGAGUUACGAUAUAGAUCCCAAUGCAGAACAUCAAAAUCAGGAAACAGUUGAUUUGGCUCUUCAAUCAUGUGAGCAAUUGAAAAAAGAAACAAAAGCACGUGUUAGAUCAAGCACUUCAAUUUCAACGGGUUAUAAUACAAAUUCUACCGCAGAAUGUCACAGUCAGGAAACAGUUGAUUUGGAUCCUCAAACAUGUGAACAAUCGAGAAAAGAAACAAGGGCAUGUGAUGGGUAAUUAUUUGUUUUGCUUAAUUGUAUCACACAACAUAGUAAUAUCUUAUUAUUAAAAUAUUUACUUUUCUGCAAAGAAUAAUUUAUAAGGUUAAUAUUUUAUAUAAUUCCAUUUCUAAUUCAACACAUUUCGAUGCAGAGCAAGCAUUUUAAGUUCAACGUGUUAUGAUACAAAUCCUUCUGCAGAACGUUAAAAUACUGCAGAACAAUACCUUUGCUUUCUUAUUGUCCACGUUUUUUAUUUGCAAAUUAAUAUAUCAAAAGUUUUAUA